ACUUGUCAGUCACAUUAUAGUAGUGAUUUUGUAGCUAAGAAUUUCUAUCCGAAUUUAAGUAAAUUUAGAUUUGUUUCAUACACCCAAAGUUUAUUGUAAGGUUUACUUAAAAAACAGCGGUAUUUGUAGUAUAAGGAAUUACAAGGAUACUGUUAGUUCACAAUUUUAUUAUCACGUGUAAAUAUAAGUCAAAACGUUGCUGACAAAAAAUAUGGAAUUGUUGCAGGGCAUCGAGAUGAACGCAGGGAUGGGGGUGCCGGCUUCUUUGGGCGUCGUCUGUCCGCCGAGUGCGGCGAGCUCGGUGGGCGCGGUGGGCGCGGUGGGAGUGAUGGGCGCGAUGGGUGGCGCUUGUCCGACCGUGAGCGGAGACUUCCACGCGGCGCCUAUCUAUGACCUGUUGCAGGUCGGCGACGUGUUCACAGGGCCGGGCGCCAAGUGUUCUUCGCUGCCUGCCAUCCUUGGCGGAAACAUGCCGCGACUGUCCUCGGAACAAGCGGACGCCGUGGCGCGAGCCAAGAAGUACGCCAUGGAGCAGAGCAUCAAGAUGGUGCUGAUGAAGCAGACGCUGGCGCACCAACAGCAGCAGAUGGCCUCGCAAAGGACGCAGGUGCAGCGGCAACAGGCGCUCGCGCUCAUGUGCAGAGUGUACGUGGGGUCGAUAUCGUUCGAGCUCAAAGAGGACACGAUCCGCCAAGCGUUCCUGCCGUUCGGGCCGAUCAAGUCCAUCAACAUGUCGUGGGACCCAGUCACUCAGAAACACAAAGGGUUCGCCUUCGUCGAGUACGAGAUACCGGAGGCGGCGCAGCUGAGUCUCGAGCAGAUGAACGGAGUGAUGCUGGGCGGGAGUUCCUCUGUUUGCAGAAAUAUCAAAGUGGUAGGGAGACCUUCCAACAUGCCGCAGGCCCAGGCCGUCAUAGACGAGAUACAGGAGGAAGCAAAGCAGUACAACAGAAUAUACGUCGCCUCCAUACACCCGGAGCUGACGGAGGACGAUAUUAAGAACGUCUUCGAGGCGUUCGGUCCCAUCACGUAUUGCAAGCUGGCAUACGGAGCGUCCGCGCACAAACACAAGGGCUACGGGUUCAUCGAGUAUGCGACUCUCCCGGCCGCGCUGGAGGCGAUCGCCUCCAUGAACCUGUUCGACCUCGGUGGCCAGUACCUGCGGGUGGGACGCGCCAUCACUCCGCCCAAUGCUCUCGCCGGCCCGCCGCAAGCCUCCGCCAUGCCGACCGCGGCCGCCGUGGCCGCCGCCGCCGCCACCGCCAAGAUACAGGCCAUGGACGCCGUCGCCAGCAACGCCGUUGCGCUCGGACUGACCAAGCUCAACGCGCUCGGCGUUCCGCCCGCCGCCGCGCUGCCGACGCUCGCCGCCGCGCUGCCGGUGGCGCUGCCCGCCGCUCUGCCCGCCGCGCUCCCGGUCACUCUGCCGACCGCGCUUCCGGUCACUCUGCCGGUCACUCUGCCCGCCUCUCUGCCGGCCGCCCUGCCCCCGGCGCCGGUCAUCCCCCCGCCGGGUGUGGUGAUCCCGCCGCCUCCCCGUCCGCCCGCGGCCGAGCCCUCGGCGGACGGCGAGGGUGGCCAGCAGGCGGCGCUACAACGCAAGCUGCUGGACAGUUCGCCGGACACGCUCCAGCAGCAGGAGUCUUUGUCGAUCUCGGGUCAGUCGGCGCGACACCUCGUCAUGCAGAGACUGAUGAGGCGCCGCGCGAGCAGGACCGUGCUGCUCGAGAACAUGGUGGCGGCUCACGAGGUGGACGACGCGCUCCACCAUGAGAUACAGGAGGAGUGUUGCAAGUGGGGCCGGGUGGAGAGACUAGUCAUAUACAACGAGAGACAAAGCGAGGACGAUGACCCCGCACAUGCUGACGUUAAGAUAUUCGUCCAGUUCGCGGACCCCGAGGAGGCGGGAACUGCGGCCGGGGCUCUAUCCGGCCGAUACUUCGGAGGUCGUACGGUGCGCGCUCGGCUCUACGACCAGGACCUGUUCGACCACGGGGACCUCUCGGGCUGACGGGACCCGGACCACGACAAACCACACCUCACGACAUCUCGUGACUCGAGGCGACAACGCGCGACAGACACAUCAGUCUAAUAACUCGUUGGACAAAACUCUAGCAGUAGUAGCGGUCGUCUGUGGCGCAGUCAUGGAAUGUCUUAUGUAUAAGUUUAUUGAAACGCCCGACUGCUAAGUUUCCUUUGGCACAUUUUAUGUUUAAUAUAGUAUAGAAUAUGAACUGCA